AUGACCGUGCCUGGCUCCUGGCCCAUCUGCUCCUGGCUGCAGUGUGCACCUCCUGUCUCCUGCAGCUACCUGGAGGAGCUCCCUGAUCCCCUGGUUAAGGUGCAUAAACCAACACCUUCCAAAGACCAUCAGCCACGCGGGGUGCAUGUGGAAGAUGCUGUUCCCGUCACUGAGUCCCCACUCACUGCCCCAGCUCCUCUGGCUGAGCGCCCUCUGUCUGUGGCCUCCAUCCUGUCAGCAGAACCUCAAGAAGACCAGCCUGAGUGGAAGAGAAUCACACCAGGCACUUCAGGCCUUGACCGUACCAUGUCGUUCCUCUCCUUGUGGCAGGCGACUGCCAAGGCCUUGUUCCUCCCCACCUCCUCACAUGGCCAAUCCCAUCAAGAGCAUCUUUCCCACCACCCAGCAAAGGCCUUGUUCCAGGGAGACCCCACACACAGGGAAAUAGAGGCUGGUGGCCCCUCUUUCAUCAACCCCGAUGUUCAAAAGCUGCUGGAGACACUAAUCACCAAGAGGGCAGAACAGAAGAUGUGGAAGGAAAACAAAAAGGUCAGGUCAUUUCUCAAACAACAGAGCACAGGUGACCACCUGAUUUCUCUGCGGAAUAUGACAAAGUCACUGGGUGAUGAGCAGAACACCAGAACCCCACAAUCCUUCUGGAGCCUGAAAGACAAACCGGAGCAGCUGCCCAGCCCUCAGGAGCUCUCUUAUCCCAGGAUCUCGGAGGACCAUUUACAGCAGAAAUGCAGCCAGUUCUUCUGGGGCCUUUCUUCUCUCCACAGUGAGUCCCUGAUGGCUACUGCCUGGGUCUCUCGAAAGCCUUCCUCACGACCUUCUUCCUCAGUAACUGUUUUAUUCAAUAGAGUCUCCGAUUUUUGUCCAGCUCAAGCUCAGGCUACAGUACCUUCUCAUCUUUCCCAGGCCAAGCCCUUGCCCUGCCACGUGGCCCAACUCCAACUCCUGUCUCAAAACUGGCGCUCACCUCUGACUCAGGUCCAGACACAGGCCCAUCCUCCAUCCUCUCUCCCAAAUCCAUUACGUUAUUCUCCACCUCUGACUAGGACCAAUAGAACAUCACGUCCUACAUCCCAGAAGGAGUCACCGUCUUUCAUCCGAACUAGCUAUCAGCAUCUGGAAUGGCCCUCACAGAAGCGACUGAAACAUACUAGGGAUUUACCUUCUGUGUUCAGAGAAUCUCAGGAAGGCUUCAGCCAACACUCUCCCAACCUUCCCCAGACCCACAAACUCGCCUCCAUCCUUCCUGGGGAUUCCACCAGCCCUUAUCUCCAAGAGCCACUGCAGCCACAAGGCACGUUCAUCAAAGAUGAACACCCCUAUGGUCUUGGGCAACUGACAAGGCCUCAAGGUGAAUUCUCACCAAUGACAUGUCAGUGUCAGGCAAAAAUCAAGCAUGGGCCCUCCAAGCAUUCUGGAUUUGUGGAUGAAAGCAGCCAGAAUGCACAGAAGAUGGAGUCCAGGAGCUCCGGAAGAUUCUGUAGAAAGGGCCCAGGAAAGUUCAAACUAGAGAAAGACCCACGCAAGAAUCCAGGCCAAGGUCAGGAUAGCGUCUUAGAAGACCCAUCCACGGAUUCAGGAAGCACCUCAGUGAAGGUUGUGGAGGUCAAUAAGGAGUCAUCAGAAAGUGACUCGAUGAGGCCCCAGGAGUGUGACUCAGGAAAGGACUUACUCAGGGCCGUAGACAAGCAGCAUCUACAAGAAACACUGAAAGUCCACAUGGGCAGGAAGUUGGGGGAGAUCAAUGAAGGCACAGUCCCUGGGAGUGUGUGUCAAUCCAGGCUUGCUGCCAGCCAUGCUUUUCCCAAGUCUGACACCCACACACAACCCAGAAAUCCAGCUUCCUCAAAGGGUGAUGUGUCCUGCGUGGACACUUCCCAGGACCUUUCCUUCCUCAGUCUGGACACUCAGAAGGCAUUAGACACACAUAUUAGAAGGAUUCUAGUGGAGAACAGGUGGAGUUCAGAUCUCCAGGCCCCUGAACCCAUAAAUCUGAAGUUAAAUGAGGUUCAACCCUUGUCUCUUCCACAGUCCACCUCUUCCUCCUCGACUACCAGGGAAUUUGGGGCCAACUCAACAGCCGAGGUUGCCAAUUUCUUGGGAGAACCUCCUCAGAAAUAUCCAGGACAGAAGGAGACAGCACAAACUUCAGUUUCCACUGUAAAUAGUCCUCUCUCUAACCCCUCACCUGCGUGGAAGGAAGCCCAGAGGUCUGUGUACCAGACAGAGAUCCCAUCUGGUGACAAAUGUGGGCACUCAGUGGCCCCUUUGACUGGACAGAACAGCAGGUGGCCUUCUCAGCCCCUCACAUGCAAUGUCGUGGGCACAACCUGGCACAGUGCAAAUAUGCUGGGGGCUGGGAGAGGCAGCCUAGAGCUGAGUCCUAGUCCAGCGAUGUCCAGCAGUGAGCCAGAAGUAGAGAGCGUGAGCAGGGACACAGGAGACACGAGCCACAGCGCAGCAACGCAGCAGAGCAACGUCGGAGCCCAGUGUCCAAGGGCCGAAGAGACCAGAAAGGCAGCAGCGGCUGCGGAGGAGAAACCCCCUGCUUGGGGAGUCACGUUGGGAGCGGGUGUGAUGGCAAAUACCCAGACUGAUAAUGUCAUUCGGAGGAGUUCAGGGUCUCUGGGGACUGGUAAAAGCGUGCCAUCCUCUAGAAUUCCCACUACUCAGACACCAGGAGAGCCACGCCUUACUGCACAGAUUGCUGGUGAGUUUGAGCGCAGGGUGGAGGCCGAGUCAGAGAAGGGGACUCACAACUGCGUGACCAGUGUCCUCCUUCAAGACUCCGCCACUGGGGUGCUCCACGCUCCAGACAUCUGGUCUUCUCAGGCAUCUCUGUCUGGCUUCAAGAGCACGUCCAGCAGCGAUACAUUAGCCUCCCAAGGGCCACGUGAUGUCUCAUGGAGGGGAUGGAGCAGCCAGGGGCAGGAGGAGCCUAGGAACCCCAGAUUCCAGAACCUAUUGGAGAAGCAGAGCAAGAGGCUUGGCCCUAUUGACAGGAGCGAGGGCUGCAGGAGGCCCACACGAGGAGCACGUGAACACAGGGCUGCAGGGCUCAGCCAGCCUGCCCAGGACAGGGAAUCGGUAGAGUCCUUAAGGAGCCAGUCCUCCCAGCUCCCACCAGAGAAGGUACAGGCAUCUCCAGAAAGCCAAUUCAGGCACAGGAUCAGGCGCUUUCUGCAGUGUCUUAAUCCCAAUAAAAAAGGCAAAGGACAGGAAGAUCCCCUGCAAAAGGGAAGGCCCACGUCAGCCACUGCCUGGAGCCAGGGACCAGAUCCAACCAGAUCAUCUGUGGACAGCAUGGCCGAAGCCCACGCAAUCAUUACAAGUAUUGAGCAGAUGCUGGUGGACAGACUGCAGGUUCGGCAUGGACAUGGUCCCUCCGAGAUAAAUUGGCAUGAAGUGAACCUCCAGGCCCCAGUGGGAGGGCAUUCCUGCUACCCCAGGGGUCCUUCGUACCCAGAGCAAAGAAUAGAGAUGAGAGAUAUGGCCUGCAAUCGCCACGCCACCCCUGCAGGCCAUAGCCAUCCUGUCAAGAACAGGCAGAUCAGAGACAGGGACAGCAAUUGGGCCUCACCACCCAGGAAGCAUGUGUCCCCAGCCAGUCCCUGCCAGCAUAGGACAGAGGUGGUGACAGCCUCUGGCCGCCCCGUCCAUCACCCCAGGCACUGUCUUCUUCGAAGAGGCAUCUCAUCUGGUCACCCAGAUCAUGCUUCUCACCCCUUUCCUAGUGGGAAAACUUUUCCCCCAGCGGAAUCUCAGCACAUGCAGAGAAAAUCUAUUCUCACCCAGGUGGGCAUGUACUCUGUGUACUAA